UUCAGUCUUAAUUGUAACGUCGUGGUAUAACAAUAUCUAUAUAGAUGUAUUAGAAAUUUAUAGAAUUAUUUUUGUGCAUUGAAAUUAUUUUGUGUUGUCUGAAAAGUUGUACUGUAUGUAAAUAUAUAUAUAUAUAUAUAUAUACAUAUUUGUGCAUGGGAGGUCGAUCACAUUGUAUAUAGUGUGCAAAUUAUUUUGCUAUCACCUCGAGACAUUUAUAUAUAGUUAUUAAAAGUGCUUUUUAAUUGAAUGCUAAUUAUUAAUAAGGAGGCAACAGACAUUUGUUUUUUUUUUAUUUUUUGAUCGUUAUGGUAUAUUAUAUUAGAAAACAUUUAUUGAAAUAGUUGAUUGUCUCUUUAUUUUGAACUUUUCUAUUUUCUAUUGUUGAGAAAAAUUGAGGAAGUUUGAAUUUACAAAAAGAAUGUCGGGACUAAAGAAUGAAGAAUUUGGUUUAGAGGAUACUGUGGAAGAAUUUGCAAUGACCUCAUUGGGAAAAUUAAUUUUCGUCGAUUCACAUUCGAGACAUUCAAAAUCACUUUCAUCAGAUGAAUCUUCAAAUUUAGAUUACAGUGAAUCAUUAUCAUUGGCGUUCGAAAGUCUCUUUCACAUGCCAUACGAUAUCAUUGAGAAUUAUGCUAAUUCGAUAAAUACACUCGACAUCAGUCACAAUAAAUUUAGCAGAAAUUUGCAAUUUUUAUCGGAAUUUGAAAAUUUGACGUCACUAAAUUUGGAUCACAAUGACGUCGAUUCGUUUACGACAUUUCCAUAUAUGCCAAAACUUCAGCUACUUUGGAUUAAUCACAAUCAAAUAGACGAUCUUUUUCCAUUUAUAAAAAGUCUUUACGAAAGUUUACCAAAUCUUCGUUAUCUUUGUUUGAUGGGUAACAAAGCAGCGCCAAGUUAUCUCAACGGUGGCAGUUUUUACGAUUAUCUUCAAUACAGAUUGGUCGUGAUAUCCUGGUUUCCUCGAUUAAUUCAUUUGGAUGAUAGAAUCAUCACUGAUGAACAACGAUUAGAGGCGGUGAGGCUCUUCAAAAGGCCUCUAUUGGAACAAUUCACCGAAAAUACAGUAAUUCCCGAGUGCAUCAAAAUUGUUCACACAAAAUUAUCAAAUUUAUUUGUCAAAAAUUCACUACCCGAAAAACUUCAAAUGUCAAAGAAUUCAAAUUUCAUUAUUUGAACAACAUUAUUAGGCUGCGAUAUUUUCAAAAAUAGAAAUUUUUAUUUAUCAUUUCAAUAUGAAACUAAUCUUUCAUAUAUCAUCGAAAACAAAAUUCCGUCUUAAUUUUCGGAUGAGAAUUUGAUUAUUAUUCUUGGAUACAAAAACCAAGUGGAGACUGCAUAUUUUAUUGAGAAACAUUUGUAAUUAGUUUUAAGAAAAAUGAAAUGAGAUUUCAUACUUUUUGUGUUCAUUGUUAAAAUUUACUGCUUUUGUAAAUUUUACAUUUACUUUAGAUUAGUUGUACAUUGUUUUUAGAAAAUAUUUUUUAAGACAAGAGGAAAGGUUUUCUUUCCACUAAAGUUAGAAAUUGUGUUUUCUUCUUUUUAUAAACUGAAAAGAAAUAAGUUUUUGAUAAUAGAAGUUAAGAGGAAUUUAUAAACGAUUUAUUUUUCAUAAACGCAUGUAAUGUAUGUUAAGAAAUAAAUUAAUAGGAA